UUUGCGAGUAUUUCACAUAAUUUUUAUGAAAGUAUUUUUUAUUUAUCGAUGGGCUGAGCCAGAAUAAACUUUUAUUGUUAAUACAUUAAAUUACUGUGCAGUGUCAGUUAUUGGAACAAAAAUGUAUCGAUGGAUUUUAUGGUGUUCCCUUGUGGCCUACUUAUGGUGCAAGGUUUCCGGAAACUGUGAAACCGACCACAUUCUUGAUGACUGCCAAUUCACCGUGACAUGUUAUGGGAACGCUGGAACCAUCUACGUACGGAACAAUUGUAACGACGAUCAUAACGUGACGUUUGUCAUGCAAAACUCCAACGCAGCGUAUAUAAGCUUUGGUUUUUUCAGCAGAACAAAUUUUGAUCAAAGAGUACGGCACUUCAAGGCUAUUGGAAACAUUUGGGACCACGUUGCACCAAGCGCAUUCAAGUAUUACAGAGAAAUAAUAACAAUGGACCUCUCACAGAAUCAUAUUUCUGAAAUUAAAGAAGAAGCAUUCAGAGAACUUGUGAAUAUGAGACAACUUAAUCUGUCAGACAACUCGAUUAAGUAUUUGGAUGAUAAAUCAUUUGAAUUCGCGGCAAACACCAAAAAUUCUUUGGAAGUACUAGAUCUCUCUAAAAAUUUACUUACUACAAUAAACAAAUAUGUGUUCUCGAGUUUAACAGAACUAAAAGUAUUACUGCUACAUGAUAAUCAGAUUGAAACGUUGGAAAGCAUGAGUUUCUUUGCAUUAAGACAACUGAUUUAUUUGACUCUUUAUCACAAUAAGAUAAGUAGCAUCAACACAACACUCGUCACAAUGGGAGAGUUGAAACAUCUUGACAUGUCCAGAAAUUUAAUAAGCAGAUUAUCAGCAAUCGACAUGUUACGUCUAGGAUCAUUGAGACAUUUGAAUUUGUCACGAAAUACUAUUAAAACCAUUGAAUCAAACUGUUUCAUUAAUGAAUUUAAUUUAGAAACAUUGGAUCUCAGUUACAAUAUAAUUCAAACACCCAUUGAACAACAAAUGUUUAGAUAUAAUCGCAAUUUGACUUAUUUGAAUUUAUAUAAUAAUCACAUUUCACGACUAGGGGACUCGAUUUUCAAUAAUACACAACUUAAGUAUUUGAAUAUAGAAAAUAAUAACAUAACAGGGGAUAUCACGUCAAAAACAUUCAGUGGGCUCCAUAAUCUGACAAGUCUGAAUAUAAGUCGUCAACAUAUUAAAAUAUUAAAAAAUAACUCUUUUUCGGAUAUCGAACGAUUAAAGUAUUUAGAUUUGAGUUGUAAUGCUAUUGAAUUGGUGGAAAUUGGCAGUUUUGAUAAUGCCAGAGCCCUAGCCGUAUUGAAUGUUUCGCAUAACUUAAUACAAGACAUGACUUUUGUGAAAUCGUUAUCCAGUACCAUCACUGCUUUGUAUAUUAACAACAAUAUGAUUACAAUUGUCCCAAAAUAUUUGUUCAGUAAUUAUUCGCAAUUGAAAACUUUGGAUAUUUCUACGAAUAUGAUAACCACAAUCGAAUCAUAUGCACUGCCUUUGUACAAUAUUCAAACUCUUAUUUUAAAUAACAACAAUCUUAGUGAAACGUUGGUCGGUGGUGUUUUAAGUCCGGCUAGAUUGAUAAAAAGUUUAGACUUGAGUCACCAAAGUUUGAAGCGUAUAAACGAAUCAGCAUUUAAAGGUCUACCAUUACUUGAAAGUCUUGAUUUAUGUGACAAUAAUAUAGAAUACAUACACGUACACAGCUUUAUUGAUGCAGAUAAUUUGCGUACUUUAAAUCUUUCUAAAAAUUCACUUUCAAGCCUAGAUAUUAAAGGUAAUCUGAAUCGCUUGACGAGCCUUAUUCUAAGCAAUAACAAGUUAACAUCGAUUCCAGACAUAAAUAAGUUUGCUAGUAUCUUCCGGAUUUAUCAUCUUGAUAUUGCAUACAAUAACAUUUCUGAUUUAAUGUAUCCUUCUUUUGAAUAUAUGAGAAGCUUAGAGAUUCUAAAUUUAUCACACAAUAAUAUUUUGCAUUUCAACAAUCAAUUUUCUAAUACACUAUCUAAACUGUCUGUACUGAACAUUGCAUCAAAUCGACUAAAAGAAAUUAAUGUAACCUUUUUAAGUAAUUUGACAAGUCUUAAUAUAAGUUACAACGAUAUUGCUAGAAUUGAUGUUACACAAUUUCAAAAUCUAAAUUUUCUUAAGGUUCUUGAUUUAACAGCAAAUAAGUUAACAGACAUAACACCAGGGACAUUUCAAUAUCUCUCAUCUCUCUUAAUUUUAAGAAUAUCUGCAAAUAGUUUAACUAAUUUACGUUUUGGUACAUUCAGGGGCUUGAACAAUACCUAUUUAAUCGAUAUUUCUAUGAAUAAUCUGAGAUCAAUCAACACAGAUAUUUUCCAUGAAUGUUAUGAACUAAAACAAAUUGUUAUUGAUUACAAUAAUAUUUCAAGUAUUGAUAUAGAAAGGCUUGUUGAAGUUGCUCCAAAACUAGAUAAUAUUAGUUUAGGGGGUAAUCCAAUUGCAUGCGAAGAAAUCGUUAGGAACAAAAAGAACGUGUAUUUGAGAAAAUUUGAAAUAACUUCGAUACAUAAAGUUUAUCAUGAAGACAAUGUUCACGGGAUAAAGUGUGGGGAAAUGAACAAAAUUGUAGAAAAUAACAAUGUCACAACUGAAGUUGCUGUAGAAAUUGUUACUGAUGUACCAAAAUCUAAUGGAGUUUCUUUUUCAGAUGUUUUAAUAGUUUGGUGUUCAGUGUUAAGUGUAUUGUUGGCAGUAGGCCUGAGUGUUGCAUACUGGCGUUAUAGAAAAUUGUCUAAGUUAAAUACAAGUGACAAUAUAAUGCAGUUUCAGAAUUCAGUCGGUUCCAGAAAUUCUGAAUGUUACAAUGACUUGCUCAGCUAAUUGCUUUAUUGUUGUUAUUUUCUAAGAUUACUUCUGAGAUGUAAUAUCUGUGAUUGAAAAGUGUGCUACGAUUAGUCUUACUUAAGUAGGUAUUA